AUGGUUGUCCUUGCGGCCUCAGUUUGCACCCGAGGCGGGAAAGCUGUCCUCUCCAGGCAGUUUCGAGAGAUGCCCAGAUCCCGCAUCGAGGCCCUCCUUGCAUCGUUUCCCAAGCUCGCAGACAGCGGCACGCAGCACACGAUCGUCGAGCAGGACAAUGUGCGAUUCGUUUACCAGCCUCUCGACGAGCUCUACAUGGUGCUCAUCACCAACCGCCAGUCCAACAUCCUCCAAGACAUCGAUUCGCUACACCUGUUUGCCCAGGUGGUGACGAGCACCUGCAGGGCUCUGGACGAGAGAGAAAUUGUCCGAAAUGCCUACGAGCUUCUCAGCGCAUUCGACGAGCUGGUUACUCUUGGCUACCGAGAGAACUUGACCAUCAGCCAGAUCAAGACCUUCCUGGAGAUGGAGAGUCACGAAGAGCGCAUCCAGGAGAUCAUUGCACGGAAUAAAGAGCUCGAGGCCACGGAAGAGCGGAAACGCAAGGCGAAGCAAUUGGAGAUGCAGCGCAAGGAGUCGGCGAGAAGUGGUCGCCCCGCCGCGCCACGCACACCUGUCUAUCCUACAUAUACUCCUCCCUCCCAACCAAGUGCCAGCGCCUUUGACUCAUACGAAGCCGAAAAGAACAAGACAUUCAACAAGCCGUCUACGCUCAAGGCGAAGGGUAUGCAGCUCGGCAAGAAGUCAAAGAACACCGACAUUUUCGAAAAGGUCCGAGGUGAGCUUGGCGCCGGAGCUGACGAUGCUCCUCUUAUCACCCCUACACCUGCGGCGGCCGCUGAGCCAGAGCCACGCAUGUCAUCCACCCUGGACCGGGACGCUAUUCAUGUCACAAUUGCCGAGACGAUAAGUGCCAAGCUCUCAAGAGAGGGCGCAGUCAACUCGAUUUCAGUCAACGGAGACCUUACGCUGCGAGUUUCGGACCCAAGCCUAGCCAAACUCAAGCUCGGCCUGCAUGCCGUUCCAUCGCAUGGCGCCCAGUUCCGCCCUCACCCGAACGUGGACCGCAACCUCUUCAACAGCUCCAAGAUUCUGCAAAUGAGCAACAGUGCUCGAGGAUUCCCCAUCAACCAAGGAGUUGGACUGCUGCGAUGGAGAGCUUCGCCAAAGGCAGACGACGCAAGCGCAUGCCCCAUCACCUUCACUGUCUGGAUCAACAAGGAUUCCGACAAGUACAACAUCACAGUCGAAUACGAGUUGACAGGUGGCGAUGCCCUGCGCGAUGUCAGCGUAAUCAUUCCUUACCAGGGAAGCGAACCUAUUGUUUCCAGCUUCGAUGCUUCCUACGAAGUGUCUGGAGACUCCUUGGAGUGGAAUAUUGGCUCGGUCGAUGACGAGAACCCUAAUGGAUCAUUUGAGUUUGAAGCCGAAAGCAACGAUGAGAAUGACUUCUUCCCCAUGACUGUUCGUUUCAACAAGACAACACCGUUCGUGGACGUUGAUGUCACAUCCGUUUCUUUGCUUGACGAAAACGAGGAGGUCACAUUCUCCAAAGACGUCAGGUCUACGGCAGACAACUAUUUGAUUGAGUAG